GUGCGGGUACGUGCGGUUCUCCUCGAUGCUCUCUGGUAUGAAUUAAAGGAGAAGAGAGAGGAGGGAGGCAGUGCUGCGGCUCACUCAGGGGGUUUCAUUCAGACGACAGCUCUCAGCGCCGGCGGGCGGGUCCUGCGAAGCUUUUACAACCACCACCUGAAGAUCUCUUCCCUGUUUAAGAGGAAAAGCCUCCCACUGUUUUUAGAAGAUGGCAGAUGGACAGGGUAAGCAGGUGACAGGGUACCUCCUGUUCUCUCUGGGCACCGCUGUGAUCGGCUCUCUGCAGUUUGGUUACAACACAGGAGUCAUCAACGCUCCAGAGGAGAAACUACGGUCUUUCUUCAAUGCUACCUGGAUCGAGCGUUAUGGCGUACCAAUCAGCCAAGGGGUCGCUACAAUUGUCUGGAGUGUUGCUGUCGCCAUCUUUAGUGUGGGUGGCAUGGUGGGCUCCUUCAGUGUGGGUGUCAUGGCGGACAGAUUUGGCAGGCGUCGCUCCAUGUUCCUGGUGAACUGUCUGGCUGUGAUCGGUGGCCUCCUCAUGGGCUUCUCCACCAUCUGCUCCUCCUAUGAGAUGGUGAUUGCCGGUCGCCUUGUCAUCGGGCUUUUCUGCGGUCUCUUCACCGGUCUGACUCCCAUGUAUGUGGGUGAAGUGUCGCCCACUCCCCUCAGAGGAGCCUUCGGGACUCUUCACCAGCUCGGUGUGGUGGUGGGCAUCCUUAUCGCUCAGAUCUUUGGUUUGGAGGCUCUGCUGGGCUCAGACAAGCUGUGGCCCCUGCUGCUGGCCCUCACUGUGGCCCCGGCUGUGCUGCAGUGCAUCCUGUUGCCUUUCUGCCCUGAGAGCCCGCGCUUCCUGCUCAUCAACCUGAAACAGGAGGAGCAGGCACGCAAAGCAUUGGUGCGUCUGCGUGGCAGUGAGGAUGUGAGUAAAGACCUGCAGGAGAUGAAGGAGGAGAGCGCCAAGAUGGCCAUGGAGAAGAAGGUGACCAUCCCAGAGCUGUUCCGCUCGGCGGCGUACAGACAGCCGCUCCUCAUCGCCGUCAUGCUGCAGCUCUCCCAGCAGCUGUCAGGGAUCAACGCCGUGUUUUACUACUCGACAGGAAUCUUCCAGACUGCAGGUGUGAAACAGCCGAUCUACGCCACCAUCGGAGCUGGCAUCGUCAACACCAUCUUCACUGUCGUUUCUCUCUUCCUGGUGGAGAAGGCGGGACGAAGGACUCUGCACCUGCUGGGAUUGGGUGGGAUGGCAAUCAGCGCUGUGAUCAUGACGGUUUCCCUCAUGCUGAAAAGCUACUCAGCUAUGAGCUACGUGGCCAUCAUGGCUGUCAUGCUAUUUGUGGCGAUGUUUGAGCUCGGUCCCGGUCCGAUCCCAUGGUUCAUUGUGGCCGAGCUGUUCUCCCAGGGGCCCCGCCCAGCCGCCAUGGCUGUGGCCGGCUGCUGCAACUGGACGGCCAACUUCCUGGUUGGAAUGAGCUUCCCCAAACUAGAGGAAUUGUGUGGGCCUUGGGUCUUCCUCAUCUUCACCGCCUUCCUCGUCCUCUUUUUCAUCUUCACCUUCAUCAAAGUCCCCGAGACAAAGGGCAAGACCUUCGAUGAGAUCGCCCAGUGCUUUGGCAGUGCUCCGCCUCCCUCCUCCUCAUCCGUGGAGGAACCUCCUGCCGCAGCCAGCACCACCGUGACGCUCCCCGCUUCGCCGGUGAAGGAGAAGGUGCCUCUGGUGGACGCACCGGCAGCAGCUCCGCCUCCUGCAGCUGAAAGCACGCCGCUCGAUGAUAAAUCAAACUCGACAGUGCAGGAGAGUGUGUAGAUCAGCGAUACCUCUACUUUUAAAGGUUAAGGCGGUUCUAAACGAAGGAGAGAUCACAGAGAGUUCAGAAAACAUGUAAAUUGUAGUCAGUUAUCAGAACACUAGAAACUUUUCUAAUAGACCUACAGCAUUACAGACCGAUAGGCUCUGACCUUUAAAAGGUUGUGCUUCUGCAAUUACUCCUUAGACGUCUUAUUUUUCUGUGACAUUUCCAACUAAUCUUUCCUUUAAAGCCGCUCUCAAACUAUGAAAGAGAAGGAUUCACUGUACAAAACUACAGGUUAAAUUUACUGUACAUUCCUAGGAGAUAAACUACGCUCAUCAUAAAAAGUGUGAAUCAGCUGUGAGUUCAGUCAGAACGACGCUUUCUAAACACAGCAAAUACAGGCCAUGUUUAUGGAAAGUGUUGUUGACAGGCGCCCGUUAAAGGUCAAGGUCCAUCACUGCAGACUGGAGGCAGAGUGAGUGGACUCUGCGCAGGUAUACAGGUGUUUCCAGAUGUGUAGUCUGUUCACUUCUGAGUUCAGGUCCGUGUAGUGUGAGUGACGUGACAAGGAUGCACUUUUUUUAAUUCACACGUUCUUGUUGUAGUGGAUAUCUUAGUGCAAUAUACCUUUUUAGCUGUAGUGUCAUUGUGUAAUAUUUAAUUAUAUUCUUAAUAUUUUUUUUUUUAUGGUGUUCUCAAAUCACAGAUCUAAGAAGAGGAUUUAAAGAUGGACGCUCUGCCCUCAGGAGUGAAAUAGAAGCUGACAAAAGAAAGAGCUUUAAAUCAGUGCCAAAGUACUGAACUUUGAUUCCCACAUGGUGGUUGCACAUGACCUUAAACAUGUUUCUUUUGAUGGUUAAAAUCAGGGUGAAAAUAGCAGCAGCCACAGGUCAUUAAACUUUGUUUAAUCUAUGAGAUGAUUCGAUGGUUAAAGCUGAAAUCCACAAGUUUGUUUGACUGUUUAAUUUACUAAUUGGUUUAUGAGCAGAAGCAAAAGCUAAGAUUUUACCAAGGUAAUAAUGCAAGAAAAAAAAAUUUCUUUGCUUUUGUUCAAAUGUAAUAUUAAUAAGAACAACUUGAUUUAUAUAGUGCUUUUAAAAAUAAAUUAUUUGUUGUUUAAAUAAACAAAUUGACAAAUAUAAAAGAAAUAGAUAGGGUGAAAAGAUAUGACACCCAGACAUUAAUUUGUUUAUUAAUGAAAAAAAAAGCAGUGAAAGAGUAAAUUAUGGAAGCCCUGUGUGGCAAGUUAAAAAUGACAUGGGGACCUUACCAACUGAAAAAAACAGGGUAGUUUUAUAGUUGUAAAAAUGCAAGAAAUGUUGUUUUCCUGCUGAUUUUAUUAUUUUAUUUGUUACAUCUACAAGCAUUCAUGUCUUCUCCAUGGUGAGUUAAUAAUUUCACCGAAAACACAACAGGUGUAACGUGGUGUUAUUAAACUGCAAUCUUUAUUGAACUCUUAUCUGAUUAAUAUAAGGCUUUAAUCUUGUAUCAAUAUGUACUUAAUAACAAAAAGUUUCAAGUUAAUCUUAUAAUAUUAUGACUUCAAUUUCAUAAAAGUACAACUUUUGCCUCAAAAUCUUUUUUCCCUCUGAAGUGGCCCUUAUGACUCUUAUGCUGUAGUCAAAUGAACUAAAUGGAAAAUGAUAAAUUCUUUCCCCCUUGCAAAACCUUUUAAUGUAUUCAAAGGGAAAAUCUCUUGAAUUUGGAAAAAAGAAGCCGUUAUGGGCUGACAUCUGGGCUACCAUAGACUUGGGUAUUCUUGUGGAUUUCUGCUUUAAUGGACAGUCUACAGAUUUUGAAAAUGAGUUCAAACUGGUGAUAACUGUAAGCAUUACUCUUGUUUAUGACUGUGGCCUGCUGAUAUACCUGCUGACUAAAUGGGGGAACAUCUGUAGACUGCAUAAGGGAAACGUGCAAUGUAAACUAUUAUUUUGUUAAAAAGAAAGUCAGAGUAUUUAUGGUAGAAUUUGAUUUUUGUAUAAAGUAUAUACAAUAACUCUAUUACAGCUUUCCAGAGCAGCCCUGAGAUAUAAAGUAGAGUCUGCAGUGAGCUAAACUAAAAACACAUGAGCUGACUGAGAGAUAAAUAUGGUAAAUCUCAUGUCUCUCUCUAUUUAGGAGCACCUUUUUAGACAGAUCUUUAGUCAAGUGAUGCUUUGGAGCUACAAUCACUGUGUUUAGCACCGCAGCGCUUUAUGUCAAAUGAUUGAAAUAAUUAAAACUAGAUUUACUGGAGCUAUUGUGUAAAUCAGACCGAGCUGUUAUUAGAUUAGAAAAGAGAAAUGACAUGUGCAAUCAUUAAAAAAUGAAGAAGGAGCUGGUAAUGAAAAAGGCAGCUAGAGGGGAAGUGCUAAUACUGUAAACCACGGGUAAAGAUCGAGGGAAACCAACUGUUUGGUUUUAUUAUAAUUAUUAGAGUUUAGCAUUUCCACACAGGGAGGAGGAUUAUUAAAUAGUUUCAAUGUUUGUGAUCAUUUGGAAAAAAUUCUGUAAGAGUUUUAAGUUUUGAAUUAAUAAUAAAAAGAGCGUUAUUAUGAAAUUAGAUUUAGAGACAUUAAAUUUAUCUGACACACAGCUUGAAAUGCUUUUAAAAUCAUCAAACGAGAGAAAGAUGUUGAUUUUAUGUGGGUGGAUUUUUUUUCUAUGAGCUAAACAGCUGAUUACGACUGUCAGCUAGCCAAGGAGUUAAACACCCUUCAUUUCAUAAGAUUAUUAAAAUUAUAAAAUAAGUCAACUUUAUUAGCAGAUUAUAUCUAAGACAAGGUUUUCAUUUUCUUCUGAAGUUUGUCUUUUGUCUUUGUUCGCCUUUCUUGUGCUUCCUGCCUCUGGUGUUCUGUCGGGGUGUGCUCCCAUGUCGACAAAUUAUACCACAGAGCAAAACAAUAGAAAAAGCUACAAUAUUCCCUAACACAGUGGGUCCUAACCUUUUUCCUAAGAGCACCGCUGGACCUGUAGCCAUAAAAAGCUGAGUCCACAAAGGACCCACAAAAAAUCAAACAAACAUCAUUAUCAGUUUUAACUGAUUUUAUUGAUAAAUUGCAACAUAAGAGGUCUAUUCUUACUUAUUGACAAGACUCAUUAUAUUAUCCCGAAUAAACUAUCCUAUAAGUUCUUGGUUUUCAACCUGGGUUCCAGGCCCCCUGUGGGUUGACCAAAGAUCUUAGGGCUCGUGGGGGGCUAUCUGCUCAUGUGUCGGCUUAUUCUGUUGGAAAGUUUUCAAGUAAAACAACUUAAAUUCAAGAUUUAUUUUUUAGAUAAAUAUAUAAAAGGGAGGAAAAAAAGGGAAAAGAGUACAUCAAAAAUAUACAUAUAAGAGAAGUCAUGAUGAUACACAUAAGACCAAUAUGUGCCGUACUGAUGCUAAUUUUUGACAUGAAUCCACCACUUUUAAUGUCAACUGUCAGUACGGGUGCUCAGGUUUUCUUAUAAACUCAUGGCCCCUCUCAGACUUUAGGCACCCCAAGUUAGGAACCAAUGCCUGACUAAUAAUGGUACCAGAACUAAAUAAUUUACAUCAGAUCCUUACUCACUCCAUGUGCACUGUCAGAACAUGAGGAAAUGUUUCAGUACUCGAUUGGUUAAGGUUUUAGGAAGAGCUUAUAGCAGUUAGCCUGCUGUUAUAAUGCUAACAAUACAGAAUCACUCCAUAACACCACCACUCAUUAACAUUUUAAGGAAACAGGAAGCAUGUUUUGAUAUUCUAUAAUAAAACCUUUAAUUAGGACCUUAGAGGAAGACGAAAUCAAUUGUCAAAUGAUCUUAUAAUGCUCCCAGUAAAGCUCAAAGCCACGUGGCAGCACAUCUUGGCUGGUAGCACUUUCUGAUGGAACACCAGCUGUCUGGACUUUUAAGGACUGAAUCUACUGUCUACAUUCAAAUCAUCAUGCAUCUUACUUCGAAAGGGAAAAUUAUGUUCUUCCUGUAUUUCAGAAUGCUAACAUGUUAAGACAACUAAAGCCGAAACACACUGAACAUGAAAAAUCAUGACAGAACUUAUACAGAACUUGUUGAAACUGCCAGUGCAUCAGCAGACUGCAAUCCUGCCAAAAUCAUGCACCAGGUUUUGUUACUUCAUAUUAAAUUGCACCAUAAUUUUUAUUUUAGCAAAAUUAUUAUUCUGCCAUGAAAAUACCAGGGAUGGAAGGAGUGCAAGAAUAUUGUGCUCAACUAGAAGUAAGGCACUACAGCUUAGUUGUGUCCCAUUUACACCAGUCUGGCCUGUGGCGCCAUUCCCCGCUGUCUUAUCCAUGUUUCUAACGCUAUCCACCGUCCUCCUCUAGAAAUAAAAAAUGGAUAGCCUAGAAAUAAAUCUGAAAAAGCUAAAUGUUAUUAAUCUAAAGUGUACUCCUUCCACUUUUUACCACAAAAACAUCUUCCUCUGUUGUCUGCCAUCACUGAAACUGAAUAUUUGACCACCUUAAGUGUGUUUCUGGCUUUAUUUGUUGCUCUAACAGCGCUAUAUUGUGACACUUGUCUGACAAUGAACCAUGUGUAGCAUCAUCAACUCUUACACAUGUGUAUUACAAUCAUCCUGAAGUAUGUUUGAUGUUAAAUUGUGUGACACAAAGUGUAUUUCUGUAUUAAUCAUGAGUUACUGUUAUGAAAAGUGACUUUUUUCAGUUAAUUCCAGUUAUUAAUUUUUCUUCAUUUAUGUCUUUUUCUUUACUCUGGAAAUGUACAUUUUCCUCGGCAAGUACCUCAAAUAACUCCUGCCUCAGAUGAGCAGAUUUGAAACAGGAAAAUAUGACAAAUUGUUGACUUUUUUUGGAGAAAAAUCAGCUUGAUAGAUGAAUAUUUGUCACAGUGAGAGGACAGGUAGUGGUUGGGGUCAUGGCUUCGUUGUGCAUCACUGUGUUUGUGGAUGACGGUGUCGUGCUGUGUUUGCACUGGUGGAGGUGUGUUUGUGUGCACGCCUCUCAUGGUAAAGUGUUCAGUGUUGUAUUCAGCCUCUCCUGCAGGAUCCUGCUUCUGUCUGUGGCUGCACAAUCCCACACUGCUUCCUCACUGAGUCUAACGCUGCACUAACACUGACCCCUGACCGAUCCUGAGUCUGACCUGAUGAGUUUAAAAUGCUUUCUAGUACUCCACAGAGGGGUUGAUCUUUGUGACAGCUAAACAUUUAUGAGUGGCUGUCAUUUUUCUAAGAGCUAAAAGUGAAGAAACGAGCUGUGAUAUAUUUUCAUUAGAAUCAAACAUGAAUUCAACACCGGUUUUAGUAUUUCAGCUUAGUGGAGCUUUCUGGUGAAAGCCUGAUUGCAGUCACACCUACACAGCUCCUUUUCUCUGCUUCAUACCAUUGUGGUAAAGCUAAAAUGAUAUGUUUAUGGUUAAAACUGCCCUUUUAAAAGUAAAACAAGGCUGCAGAUGUGAGCCUUGUUUUAAAGUGAUCCUAUCAGAUCAUACAAUCUUUAAAUCCAAUGCUUAAAUUCCUAAAACUUUGAGUAAGCUGUGUAAAAUUUAUGCUGUAACUUAGGCCUGCAUAAAACUGUACACAAUCUUAACUAAUGAGAGCAUGAACUCCAUCCUAAGUAAGAACAGGUAUACUUUUUUGCAGCUAUAACAGUCUCCACUCCUCUUGAAAGGCUUUCCACAUUAUUUUUGAGCCUUUCUUUGGGAAUUUUAUGCCCAUUCAUUCUGCAGAGCAUUUAGGAGGUCAGGCACUGAUGUUGAAUGAGAAGGCCUAGCUUACUAUCUCCAUUUCAGUUCAUCCCAAUGGUGCUCCAUGGGGUUGAGAUCAGGGCUCUGUGCUAGUCAAGUUCUUCUGCACCAAACUCAUCAAACCAUGUCUGUAUAGUCCUUGCUUUGUGCACUGGGGCACGACCAUGUUGGAAUGGAAAUGGGCCUUCUCCAAACUGUUGCCACAAAGUUGAAAGCAUAGCAUUGUCCAAAAUGUCUUGGUAUGCUGAAGCAUUAAGAUCGCUCUUCACUAGAGAUCAGGAGCCUAGCCCAAACCCGUAAAACAGUUCCACACCAUUGUCCCUCCUCCAUCAAAUUUUGGCAAAACCCAGACUUACCUAUCUAACUGCCAAACAGAGACGCAUCAUCCGUCACUCCACAGAGCACGUUCCCACUGCACCACAGUCCAGGGUUGGAGUGUUUUGCACCUCUCCAUCCAACAUCUGGGAUUGGACUUGGCGAUGUGAAGCUUUCAUGCAGCUGCUCGACCUUCUAAACCCAUUCCAUGAUCUCCCACCGUACAAUCUUUGUGCUUGAAUUAAUGCUGAUGGAUGUCCAGAACUCUUAAGCUAUGGAAUCAGCAGAGUGUUGGUGUUUUUUACACCCCAGAGGUUAGCACCACUCUGUGAUGUUAUGUGGUUUUUCAUUUUGUGGCUGAGUUGCCGUUGUUCCUAAACGCUUCCACUCUUUAUUAACAUCACUGUGAAAUGUCCAGCAGGGAUGAAAUAUCACAAGCCGCCUUUAAAGCAAAGGUGGCAUCCAUCACAGUACCAUGCUUGAAGUCACUGAGCUCUUCAGAAUGACCCAUUUUGAAUCACCAAUGUUUGUAAAUGGAGACUGCAUGGCUAGGGGCUGGAAUUUGUACUCCUGUCUCAAUGAGUCCGAUCGAAACAACUGUAUUCAACAAUUAAUAGGUGUGGCCAAAUACUUUUGUCCAUAUAGUGUAUGUACCACAUAUCUGGUGCCACUUAGCGAGACAGAUCUCUCACUUUUUUGUCACACUAAUCUUCAUCAAAACAUGCUUGGACCACCAAAGCUGGAGUUGUCCUUCUAUGUGCAACCCUUACUGGGCUAGCAUAGCCACACAACAAAGCUCAAAUGAGCUGAUACAAAAAUACAAUUUACAGAAUGAUCAACAUUCUGUAUUGAAGAUGACUUGUAAAGGAGUUUGAGGCCAAAAUCGCGUAAGGAAAGAGGUUUCGGAGGCCAUAAAUAAAGCUAGAAGUACAGUUAUUUUCCCAUCUGGCAUCUAUGGAGAAGGACUUCUGCCUCCUGCUGGCUAUUUAAAAGAAGACACUCUGGCAUUGGAUUCACUUUUUAAACUAUGAUGCUAUUUUCUCUUCUUAUACACUCUGCUGGUCAUACAAACUUUUCUUUAAAGGAAAUACCCUUCAGUUUAAGCUAGCUUGUUCGGUGUGACUGCAGUCAAAAACAAAUCUAAAUUAAUUAGGAAAUAAUAUGAAAGGAUUUUAAACCAAUAUUUGGACUCAGGUGCACGCUGCUCCUAACAAUGCUAUCCACUUUAUUUACACCUUACUCACUGUACAAAGAUAGGAGAGUAUACUAAGUAUUCAUUUGUAAAUAUGUAUUUUUUACAAGAGUAAUAUUUAUAUGUGGGCUUGCACUGUCAUAAGUGGGUGUGUGCUUAUUUUCUGUUGGGGUGCUCGUCAUUCACUCAUUUUGUAGAGGAUUUUGUAGUAACAGGCUUUCGCUCACUUCAGGCAGCUCUUUAAUGAGUCACAUUUUGCUUUUUCUGUGUGUAAAAAUGAGUCAGUCUCUGCUACCUAUCUCAGUGUUUUCCUCUCAUGUCACAGCCAUGCACUUUUAUGUGUGAGCCUUUUCAAUCCACACCCAGAGCAGUUAAUUAGUCGCAGGUUCAAAAUCUUGGCUACAGUGUAAAACAGUCCAAACUACGAUAACCUGACUCUUAAAUUGAUCAUGUAGCAUCUCAGAUUGGUAGAGGAAUUUCACAUUGACAUGCUUUGGCUGCUGUGGUGUGUGCUUUUGUCUGUUUUUCUCUGGUUUGUUGCUCUGUGUGUUGUUAUGGUGGAUUUAAAUGUACUGACUGUGCUGUAUGUUUGACUAUCACGUACUGUAAGUUUGCUAUUUGUGCCUCUCUGCGCCACACACCUUCACAGGCUGUUAUUUCAGUAUGUGGAAAGCUCUCAUCACUCCCAGAUUCAGUGGUACAGAGGUAGCUCUCAGGUGCUUAGCUGAUAGUUUAAAACAGGUGUAACAUUGAUUAAGAUUAUUCUUUAGCGCUACAAAGAGAUCAAAUUCUACAGCCAGGGUGUGUGGUGUUACUCUAAGUGGUUUCUGAAUCAUUUGUUUAU